AUGAACGUUAGCCCUAUCGUAUUUUUUAGUAACCCAUACAUACCAGACGAGAUUUCUUCAUCAUUGAGGGAAAUAGGACUUCAAGUAUUAUGUGUUCCAGUUCUAGAAACAAACUAUGAAAAGCAUGAAGGAAACGUUAUUAUUAUUAGGUUAAUUUAACGCUGAUUUCCAGCAUUUCUCUCUUUUAUCUUCAUUAUUGAAUUAAUAAAAUCCUUUAUCAAGUUGUCCAUAUUCUCCAUUUCUUCUCUAUGUUCAUUCUCCAACCAAUUCCAGAAUCAUGAAGGAAACGUAAAAAAAGCUUUUGAAAACCUCCAAAAAAUAAAAGCAGUUAUAUUUCCCAGCCAUCGGUCAGUAUUAGCUCUUGGAAGAAUUGGUAUUAAUAUACGACACUUGAAAUGAUACGCACUUAGAGAAAGCACUGCAAAUGUUUGUUUUGACAUUUUGUCGAAAAUCCCAGAAGUUACCGUUAAAAAAGGUGCUUCCGAGUUGGUAGAAGUUUUGAAAACUGACCCAGAUCUCAAAGAAGGCCAAGUAAUUUUUUUAAACGGCUAUAGGCAAAAAAAUUCCUACAUUAGACAGUUAAAAGAAUUUGGAGUUAACAUUAAAAGCGUCUGCUGCUUCUCCACCUCAUCUAUAUAUAAAGCAGACAUCUUAAAUUCACUCAAAGGGAUCACGCCAGUAGGUUGCGUAUUUUUUAACAUUUCUGGUAUACGAAUUGCAUAUAAUGCAUUGAAAAGCAGUGAAUGAUCAUGAAAAGAUAUACGCCCUUCCUAUAGAUGGCGCGCAAUGCGCUAUCAUCGGGCCAUGUCGGGAGAGGGUUCUCCACGUGUGGAACCCUCUUUUUGGCUCGUGGAAAAAGAGGGUUCCACACGUGGAACCAUUCCUCGUGGAGAACCCUCUCCCGACAUGGUCCGAUGAUGGCGCAUUGCGCGCCAUCUAUAGGAAGGGCGUAUAAAUGCAUUUUUGCAACUGGUGAAGCGAUUGCAAAGAUAAUUAAAGAAAAAAAGGAAAUCAAAAGAUGUGAUGGUGUCGCCCAAGACUCGAAUUUAGAAGGCAUAAAAGAGAUGCUGCAAAAAUUUUUCCAAUGUAAAUGCUAG